CAGAGUGACGAGGACUGUAGUCCGUGAUCUCGACUGACCGCGACGGAAUCAUCGAACUUCGGUGGACAAAUAGAUCCGUUGAGGAAGAUUCUAUUCCAAAAUACUUCCAGUAUUUUUGUCUGCAUAGGUUGAUUUGGAACAUUAAUAACACCAGGUUUUUGCCCUGAACUAAGUCAAGCGUUUUCAUUAGAAAAAAAAAAAAAAAAAAAAUUUUUUCUUCUAUACCAUUUGCUGAAACCCAACAUAAGCGUGUGAGUCCUGUGCGGAUAAUCUGAUCCAUUAUCGCGACACAGGUAGCCAUAAAUUGAUAAGUGAAUCGAGUCCUGUGCGUAUAGCUUGAUCCGCUGUGCAAAACCAGGUAGUGAAAACCUGCCACCCACGUGGUGGGGAGAUCAGGUGAUUUGGUAAUGAUAGGUUGUGACCAGAAAUCUCUGGGAACCAACAAACUUCAGUCGCCCUAACCAAUCAAGAUCAGGUUAAAGUCCUGUGAGAUUAGGUUAGGGAAGGAACUGUUGCCCUAAUCAAUCAAGAUCAGGUUAAAGUCCUGUGAGAUUAGGUUUGGGAGCAAAAAAAAAAUUGGAAAUGGGUAAUGCAAAUGAGAAACAGAGCGGAGGUUCAGACUCAAGUCUGGUCACGUUUAUGAAAGCGAAGCAUGGUGUUGAAUGUUGUGAAUUUGUGGAUUACUGGUGUCAGAAACAUGGGUUCCCCGAGGGAGGUUCUUUGAGUAAAUGCCAACUUGAGAAACUCAGAAAAAACUUAACUGAAGAGAGACGAAUGUUGUAUGAGCGAAAAAGAGUUAAAACAAAGGCAAUAAAGCGAAUGGAUGACAUGAAUGAAUGUUUGAAAGUUUGGGAAACGGAGUGUGAAAAACGGGAGAGGCAGAAGGCCUGUAGGGCCCUGACUGCCCUGAAAAUAGAAAACAAAAAAGAGAUAGCAGAAAAAAAAGCCUGAUGACUGACUGAAAAUACAGAAAAUUCCUCAGCACCCUCUUCUUUUCUUUACUCUUCUACACAGAAUCUCUGGAGUGCUGCAGUCGGACCGAGUCUGGACUCUACCCCUCCUCCAUAUCAGCCCCAACCAGGCCAACCAGAACCACACGGUGACGUGGAACAAAAUGCAGGAGCGACAGCCAUGCAGCCUGAGAUGAACCAGCAGCAACAGCAGCAGCUGCUGCCUCCACCCCCCCUCUUCCUCCCGUGAAGAUGGAAGAAGUAAAGCUCCGGCCUUCAGCUCCUGCUGAAGCGGCGUUAUCAGCUCCUGCUCACAACAACAGAUUUGUGAAGGCAAAACAAGAAAAGCUGCAGCAGAAGGAGAGCAGGACAGUGCUAACAGCUCCCAUGGUUCAAGUUGCCGGCCGACUGGAGAUCCAGUGAUUGUGUACCGCGCCUGGACUACUGAUGACAUCAUUGCUGCAUCCAAGCACCUGCCCAAACCAGAAAAAGGUGGGGAGGUCUUGGCGCGAGCCCUGGAGGACUUUGUCAGAGACUAUGUGCCCAGCUCUGGAGAAAUGGCUAGAGUGAUGCUGCAUAUUCUGAGCCAAUCCCAGUUUUCCACUCUGAGGAGCCACUUCGAGGCCCAACACCAGCCUGCGACUCACGACUGGCAUGACCCUGCCAACCAGAAUGCAGCGAACGUGACCUAUAGACAAUGGAAAGAUGGACUGAUAGCGGCUGUUCGUGCUCACUUCCCUGUCCAGUGCGACCACGCAAAGGUCAGUGCCUGCAUGCAGCAUGAGGAUGAAAAUGUGGAGGGGCUCCUUGACCGGCUGCAAACCGCUUACGACAACCAUAGCGGGAUAACCAAGCCUGAUGGUUUCCCUCAGGGGGACAUGACAUCUUAUGAGACCCUCCUCAAACAGCACUUUCUCAACAAUCUACAGAAGACGGCUCGCCAUGCCAAGCCCGAACAGCGCCGCCAGCAGGAAAAGGAGGCCAAAGAAGAAGAAAAAAGAAAAGAUAAAGAGCGACGCCCAGCAUCGUGCACAGCUGCACCUCCUCCAACAUGCGUCAUUCCCACAAGCCCCUGCGGCUGCUCCUCCUCCUGCUUGGCUUCUCUAUGGGUGCUUACCCCCCCACCUCACACCCCUGCUGACUAUGCUGCAAAGGACGCAUGCUUCCGCUGUGGUGCCCAUGGACAUUGGUCAAGACAAUGUCCAAUGAAAGCCCGGAACCACCAAGAUCGUGGGCGUGGAUGUGGACGUCAGAACUGGAGAGAACCUCCUCGUGGGCGCGGACACAGAAACUUCAAGAGUUCCUCCCACCAUCAAGGAACAGACUGAGGAGAGGGAGGGGUUAGAGGUCUGGAUUCUGUGCCGGCUGUGGCCUCCCUGCUCAGAUAAGAACGCACACACACACUUACAUAUUCUUACAUCUUCCCACAGAAGAUAGUGUUAUGCGUCUCCCUAUGACAACAGUCACUGUUUGUGAAUUUAUUGCUGACUCAGGAGACACUUUUUCCAUCAUCCGUGCUGAAUUUUUUAUUUUUUAUUUUUUAUUUUAACACCCCUUUGAGUGGCCAAUUUCUUUUUUUCUGU